UGUUAGGUGUACGACUGAUUUCGAAUAUUUGCAGUUGAUCAGAUUUUCAUUUUCACCAACACAAGCCGUAAAUAAAUUAAAGUAAGCAAUUAAACCAAAAUAGAAUUCGUUUCGCACUUGUCUGUUUAAAUUUUGCACGGAAAAAAAGCCGUCCUCCACCUAUUGAGCUUAGUAUACCGAAGCGUUUUGAGCUGAUAACAUCGUUGCAAGAAAACACAAACCGCAGAUAAAUUUGCUUCCGAACGAUGGCUAUCAGGAAAGUGGCACUUGUUUUGGUUAUCAGCUUUUUGUGCUCAGCACACGCCCGCUCAGUUUCUGUUGUUGGUGAUGUCUUUAUCGAAGUCGACGAUAAUAAAUUUCGAUGCGACAAAAUUGAAUGUCCUUUGAAUGCCGAGUAUUGUGUGGUCACCAAGGAAAAGGAUCCAAAUGAUGCCUCAGUCUUGGUGCGGUCCAAUACCUGUUAUACAAAGCUCAAUGAAGAGCUGACGAAGUCUGUGUUCAAGGAAACGGUUGAUCCCAAUACGCACAUUCACCUAAUUUUAAAGGCUGGCCGCAAUGGAGGCGUCAGCUCAAUCAACUCUUCCAACUCUCUACAAACUGGAAAUACCGGCGAUUUCGAUGCGGAGGCAUUUAAUGCCCAAAUGAAAAAUUUUCAAGAGAAUUUGAACCGCGGUAUGGAAAAUCUUAGCAGCAGUCUAAACACGAUGAGUAACAGACUGCAGAAUAUGUUUGGGGGAAAAUAAUAUCGGUGAAGUGAAAAUAUUUAUAUAUGGAAAUAAUAACUUCCGAGAAAAUACAUAAACAUAUGACCAAAAAUUGUUAAAUAUAUAAACCAUGCAGCUUAAUUGUAUGGCAAAUCUUAAUGAAGCCUUAAAAUAGGUUAAUAUGACUGUUCUAUAAAGGAAAUCUGUCAAAUAAGCCUAUUUCAAAUCUACAUAAAGUUUUGAGAAUACCGGUGUAAAUGUGUACCCUUAUAUUAUUGUAUUCUAGAAAUACAGAAAAAGUCUACCAUUUAAUAUGUAUAAUAAUCCUUUGCGGAAAGCUCUCAUUUAUAUUCCAAUACUUAAAAUCUUAUAUCUUCAAAAAUAUAUAUGUAGAAAUAAAUAAAGCAUACCUUAUAAUUUGUUGGGAUUAGUAACAUUUA